CAUCAUAAAACAUCCAAAUAUUCAUUCCAAACGCCGCUUUCUUCUUCACUUCUUCACCCUAUUCUGUGCUCUUCUAACCCAGUCGCAUCACCAUUGGCCGACGAAUUAGUUCUUCUAGACUUCUGGCUAAGUCCAUUUGCGAUGAGGGUGAGAAUCGCCCUGGCGGAUGGAACACGAGUCCAGAGGAGGGAACGUCACGAACUACAGCGAUAUUCUGUUGGAGAUGAACCCUGUUCAAAAGCAGAUACCAGUUCUGAUUCACAAAAGCAAGCCCAUAUGCGAGUCCCUGAUAAUUGUAGACACAAAUCUCCUUUCUUGCCUUGCGGUCCUUACAAGAGAGCUGAGGCCGGGUUCUGGGCCGAUUUCGUAGAGAAGAAAGUGAGUUUUCACUUGCAUGUUUGGAAGUGA